AUGGCGGGAGAGAAAAAUGUAGUCGCCAUGAUGAUGGUGGUGAUUGGUUUGUUGUUUGGAGGGCAAUGUCUGAUUAAGGGAGUAUUGGUCCAAGCCAAUCUAGCAGUGGUGGAACAGGAAUUCUGCUUGGACCAUUGCAUUAAGGGCUGCAAAACCAGUGGAAUCGGCCCUUUAAAGUGCUUCAAAUAUUGUGAGAAUCACUGCAAUUCUCCUGCCAAGCCCUCCCCCGGCUGGCAUUACUGCAAACUCGGAUGCAUGCUCGAAAAAUGCUCCAAAUUCCAUUCUGAUGAAGGGAAACAAGCAACCUGCAUGGUAGACUGCGAGAAGCAUAUCUGCCUGGCAGGCUGA